AAGCCACAUAGCAGCAGUGAUCUAGGCAGCAGCUCAUCCUCACCUUGAGUCUCCUGGCUCUGGGCACAGUUCUAGAUCAGUCUUCUCCACCAUGGGCUUCAGACUCCCACCUCCGUCCUCCUGCACCAGGGCCAGCCCACUCCGUAGCCUACAGGUGUUGUUGCUGCUGGUCCUGCUCCUCACAGCACUGGUUCACACUACAGUUGGACAAUCUAAUGAUGUGGACCCAUAUCUUGAAUUGCGCUGUAGAUGUCCAAAUAUAGUCUCUGGAAUCCCGCUCAGUAGAAUUUCCUUUGUGAAUGUGUUCAGGCCAGGAGUCCACUGUGCCAACGUGGAAGUGAUAGCCACACUGAAAGGUGGGGAGAAAACCUGCCUGGACCCAAAUGCCCCUGCCGUCAAGAAAAUAGUCAUGAAGAUAUUGGAAGGUUAUUGACAAGCUGUCCGGUGACUUACUGUGCAAGAAGGGUGGGGUUUUCAUACCUGGAUAUUCUAGAAUAAUUUUCCACUUUAAAAUGGUGGGGGAUACAUUUUCAUUCUGUCUCAGAAAUCACAUUGUGUUCUGUCUGAGAAGGUGUGUUAAAGGGUGGCGCAAAGAAGAUGCAAAGGAGCUAACCUAGUAGUAACAUGCAAUUUAUGGUUCAGUUCUGCAAUUCUUGGCUAAGUAUUGUGCUGUGCUUUUCAUUUCUUUAGCUGAAGCUUUAUGUCAAGUUUUGUUUCUGUAUUUUUUGAAUUAUUUUAGUUUUGAGUAUAUAGUUACAUCACUUCCCCCUUCCCUUUCCUCCCUCCAUACCCUUCCAUAGCGCCUUCCUUGUUCUUUUUCAUAUCCACGACCUCUUUUUUUCAUUAACUAUUGUUAUAUACAUAUAUGUAUAUGCAUAUAUACUGACAAACUUCACAGUGGUCCAUGAUAAUAGAACUGUCUAGAGCCAAGCAUAUCAUACUUGCUUAGUAGAGUUUUUCCAGUGUCUUAACCCUAGAAUGCCUUGUUCCCAAGCAACCUCUGCAAUGUUUUCUAACAUUUGUUUUAACCUUCAAAUUGAACACAAUAAAGUCAUAGA